AUGUUGUGCGUGAUAACUUGUCUUGUGGUUUUCGUAGCUUUGUGUUUCUACAGUUGCCGCAAACCGAAAGAUUAUCCACCUGGUCCACGAUGGCUACCGUUGGUGGGAUGUUUUAUGACGUUCAAGUGGUUGCAUUUGAAACACGGAUACGUGUACAUAGCCAUGCAGAAAUUAACACACACGUACGGGCCGAUACUUGGACUGAAGCUUGGAAAUCAAAGAGUCGUCGUAAUUUCAACGUACGAUUGGGUAAAAAACGGUCUUCUGCACGAGGAACUCAACAGUCGACCGGACGGAUUUUUCUUCAGAUUACGAUCGUUUGGAAAAAGAAAGGGCAUAUUGUUCACCGAGGGAAAUACAUGGUCGGAAUGCCGCAAAUUUACUUUAAAACAUUGGCGAUUAUUCGGUAAUAAUUCAGUCGUUAUGAAAGAUCGUUUAGCCUUCGAGGCCAAAAGUCUCGUUAAACAUCUGGAACGAAUGAGCGCGAUCGACGUGAUACCCAUGCACAGAGUAUUUGAUAUCGCCGUGCUCAAUUCUUUGUGGAUCAUGAUCGCCGGUCACAGAUUCACUUACGACGACGAAAAACUGAAACAAGCUCUCAUGCAUGUACAGGACGCUUUCAAAUUAAUGGACACAAUGGGAGGAGUGAUGUCGCAGAUGCCGUUUUUGCGUUUUAUUAUUCCGGAAUUAUCGGGUUACAACAAGUUACUAAAAAUUCUGGACAAUCUGUGGCGCUUUAUCGACGAGGAAAUCAAGAUGCACGAGAGCACUUCACUACAAGAUAAGCCGCGCGAUCUGAUAGACGCGUUUCUAUCGGAGAUCUCGAAGAACGACAAAACUGAGAAUACAAUUUUCGAUCGUGAAAAUUUAUUAAUAUUGUGCCUCGAUCUCUUCAUGGCCGGUUCGAAUACAACCACCGACACGUUGGCAACGACGUUUCUCUUUCUCUCGUUAAACCCUGAGUGGUUGAAAGUGAUACAAGAGGAAUUAGACAACGUUGUUGGCAAACACAGAGCUCCCAACGAAGACGAUCUACCGUUCUUGCCACUAACGCAAGCCUUCUUAGCUGAGGUGCAGAGAUAUCUGAUCUUGGCGCCGCUCGGCAUUCCUCACAGAGCCGAAAAAGACGUCUUCCUGAACGGAUAUCGAAUACCCGAGGACACAAUUGUUCUCUUCGACUUUCACAGUGUUCACAAUGACACGCAGUACUGGGAAGAACCAGACAAAUUCCGUCCGAAACGAUUUCUCGACGAAGAAGGCAAAUUUCGUCGAAACAGUUGCGCCUUACCUUUCGGUUUAGGUAAAAGACGCUGCCUGGGAGAACAGCUAGCACGCUCGUCGUUGUUCUUGCUGUUUACUUAUACUGUGCACUACUUCGACAUGGAAAUCUCACCCUUUCACGACAAACCGAACCCGAACUGCUCUGACGGCUUCACCUUGUCGCCGAAACCGUUUUAUCUCAAACUAACAAGAAGAAUUGAAAAUUACUUAUAGAAGUUUUCGUUGAUAGUUAUUCGUUUUUUUAAAGUAGA